AUGGCAGCAGGCGCGCGCUCUAGGAGACUUGGGAAAACAGAUACACUCGCCCCAGAAGGCGGCCUCCCUAGGGACAAAGUACGGCUGCAACCGCAAACCGGGCGAACCGACAGCCGCUUGGCGCUCUGGAACAGGCAUCUCGACGACCGGAGGCAUGAACUUGUGGUCUUUGGCGAUAGCAAGUCCAAACCAGCUGGCGCGCGCUCCCAGUAGGGGCCCGUUAAACGGCAUAGAAGAUGGGGAAUGGGGAGAAUACCGCGAGGUUGGGCAUGCCAUAUUUGCAUACUGAUACGAAUACUGGCGUUUCGAGAUCGAGGAGCGUCUAUCUUGCAAACCGGCUAGUUGGCGGUUAAGUAGCGCGGGGGUGAUGUAUAUAUAGAAGAGAGUUGCGCGAGGCGACGAACGGGAACGGGACGGAAUACUAGUAGCAUUGCCAACAUCUACGAGUCUUCUUUAUCCGUCUUGUCUUUUUUUUUUUUUUUUUUUUUGGGACUCGG